AGAAACUUAUAUCGUGAUUUGAUUUGUGAGGUUAUAAAUAAAUGGUUAUAAAAUAAUCACCGAUGGGUUAUAUUUUGUAGUUGUAGGAUCUAGAAAAGAUAAAUUAUUUAUAAUAAAACAUGAUACUAAAUAGAAUUCUGAAGCUAUAAUUAUUUUCUAUAAAAUUUCUCAAUUUAUCCAAAUAAUUUAUUAUUCAAGCGAAAAUAAGUGUAUUGUGCCUAAGUGAAGUACAAUUAUUAUGGAUUUGUUUAUAAUAAAUAGAUACACAGACACAAAUGAAGACAAUGAUGUUAUUAAUCGGGAAACAUUACAUUUACAAAGACUUAAACAGAAAAUAGAAGAAAGGAAGAAAAGUUACAAAGGGAAUGAGACAAGACCUGAUACUAUAACUCUUAAAGAGGAAAUUUCCCAGCAACAGCAAAUAAACAGUGAGAGUUUGAAUGAAAAUCUAGGUGCACCAAAAGAUGAAUAUGAGACUCCCAAAACAGCUAUCAAUGAUACUCUGUCGAACAACAAAAGGAAAACUGAUGAUAAAACUACAAGUGAAUUUAAAGUUUUGGGUAGCACAGAUUUUGAAAAGAGAUCCAAGGUAGAAAGAGUUUUGCCAUUUUGGCUUUCCCAUGCAUACAGCAUAUCUAAGAACUUACAAACUUUGACAUGUCGUGUUAGUGACCAGAUUUGGCUGCACAAUACUUUGAAGACUACACUAGCAAGUGAGGGGGUCACUCAUCUAUUCCCUGUACAAGAGCAAGUUAUACCGUUCAUACUCAAGGAAUAUAAACAACCCGAACCAUUCAGGCCUCAUGAUAUUUGUGUGUCAGCUCCAACUGGUAGUGGGAAAACAUUAUCCUUUGUAUUGCCAAUCAUUCAAACUUUGAUGAAUCAAUUUGGUCACCACAUUAGGGCUCUUAUUGUAUUACCUGUGCAAGAGCUAGCGGCACAAAUUGCUAAGGUCUUUAAAAAAUAUUGCACCAACACUGGUCUGAGAGUGGCAUUGCUGAGUGGAUCUACGCCUCUUCAGAAGGAACAGCAACAAAUAAUGAGACAUACCGAGACUCUAGGAUGGAUUUGUGAAACUGAUAUAAUUGUAUGUACUGCUGGCAGACUGGUAGAGCACUUACACAACACUGAAGGAUUCUCAUUGAAGCAUCUAAAGUUCCUCGUCAUAGACGAAGCUGAUAGAAUAAUGGACAACAUACAAAAUGAUUGGCUUUACCACUUGGAAAAGCACAUUCAAGCUGAAAUGCAAAUAAGCAAAAUUCCACAUAUUAGCUGGAACAACAUUAGCAGUCAAAAUUCGUUCAUACACAAACUCCUUUUUUCUGCAACUUUGUCUCCAGAUCCCGAGCUGUUAGAGCAAUGGGGACUAUUCCAACCAAAGUUAUUUUCAGUCACACCAAUAAAUGAUACGUCAGAUGAAAAUUGCAUUAAAAAGUAUACAACUCCAGAUGAAUUGCUUGAGCAGUAUGUUGUAUGCACCGCUGAAGAAAAACCAUUGAUUUUCUAUCAUUUCUUCGCUAACUUGAAAUGGGAUAAAACAUUAUGCUUCAUGAACUCCGCGCAAUCAGCGCACAGACUAACCGCGCUGUUGAAUAUUUGGGGACAAGGAAAACUGAAGGUUGCAGAAUUGUCUGCAGCUUUGGAUAGGUCUAGCAGAGAAUUGGUGCUAAAGAAAUUCAAGCAGUCGGAAAUUGAUGUAAUGAUUAGUACUGACGCGCUAGCAAGAGGAAUCGAUAUUCCGGAAUGUAACUAUGUGAUAUCAUACGAUCCUCCUCGAAACAUCAAGACUUACGUGCAUAGAGUCGGCCGCACCGGUCGCGCUGGACGACAAGGCACCGCUGUCACGAUACUUACACACAAUCAAGUACAUAUGUUUAAGGAAAUUAUGCGAUCUAGUGGAAAAGGUGGUAUACAACAAAUGGCGAUACAGAAAGGCAUUUUAGACCACCUACAGGAAAAUUACGAAUAUGCCAUAUCAGAAACAAAAAGUUUGAUAAAUGACGAAACUCACAGUAAAGUGAAGAAGUCCAUUGAACUGAAAAGAGCUGCUAAAUCUAAACCUCGUAAAAGGAAACAUAAUGAAAGUAAAAUAAUAAAUAAUGUCAGUUAAAUUGUAUUUAAAAUUUUAAUAAAGGAUUUUAUAAAA